AUGGCUCUGGGCUGCUGCUAGUACCUCACCAGCUUUUGCGCACCGUCUUCAUACUCCCCGUAGUGUACAAAGUGUGAGUGCGUAAUGACUUUGACAGGCAUCGACGUGCAGGGCAAGGUUACUGUCAAGACUACCACCCAUCUGGAGAGGUACGUAUUUGGAUCAUGGUGUACAUCCACUCUGUCUGCCCUAGCUUGCCCGGGAUGUCAACCCAAGGAGAGAGAGUCCCAUCCGUUAUGGAAUCCCCAAAGGGCCUCGACAAUGAGAGCGAGAUCUUUCGGCCUGAAGUGGCUUGCACAUCGAUUGGCUACGCCGGAUGGAAAACCCCGGCUGCUGUCAGCCCACACUCAUCUUGUAUCUUUGAUACUGAGGUAUACAUAUAAUACCACAGGUACGGGCCCAAGGUAAUGAUAUGCCAUCUUAUCCCCCCAAGAUUCUAGCAUCCACUCAUCUCUGCCAGAGACUCGGGCCUCACUGGGCAUGAGGAUAUAAUACUCAGACUAAUCCUAACUGACAACAUCACUUCAAUCCACCUUGGCUUGUCUCACUUGGCCGUCUUCCAUCUUCGCCCUUCCCCGUACUUCCACCCAUCGACAGAUAUCCUAUCAACAGAAUGGCACUCACGGCUCAACCAUCGGCUCCAGCGGGCUGGGAACGUUGGCCCCAGCACCAUCCCAGCAACGACUAUGUUAUGAUGGACGCCGAUGUUAUGCCUUACAACGCACGGCCUAUGACCACAGCGCCGAUGCAACAACGGCCUUCCUUGGUUCCCCACUACAUGCCAACUACAUCGAUGAGCACGGCUUCCAUCAACAGCAUCAGCGCGCCAGCGCAUUAUCAGUCGCCUGUGCCCUAUGGCGGAGGGUAUCCGGCUUACCCAUUGCCUACGCCUACUACCAUGAACUCUUCGUACCACAAGCAUCAACAAUACCAGGAACGACCAUCGUUACACAUGAUCACACCUGAGUUUGAGGAUACUAGGGGACCGCAUCAUAUCAGGAAUGCGAGGCGAUACAGUGAAGAGAGCAGGAGCCCAUCGGAGCGGAGCGAUUCUCAGGGUUCUACAACGGAAACGACCAUCUCGAACCACUCAAGCUGCUCACGAACCAUCACCCCUAACACCCCGGUCAACGGCGCGCCCCAAGUCGAGUUCAGCACUGCUGUGGACAAGCUCAUGAAGGUCAUCCAGUCCAAGAUGAAGGACGCGGACCCCGAGCAGAGCGGUGAUGACAAGGACAUCAAGGCUGAACAGCAAUCAUCACCCGUUUGUCAGGCAAGAGUGCAGCAACCGGCCGAUAAGCACAAGCGUAAACGAUACGAGUGCCAAAUCGAGGGCUGUAAUAAGAAGUUUUCCCAGAAGACGCACCGCGACACCCAUGUUCGAUCUCACACUGGAGAUAGACCCUAUGUUUGCCCUAUUCCUGGCUGUGGUGGACGGUUCACCCAAGCUGGUAACCUCAAGACACACAAACGUCGUCACACAGGAGAGAGACCCUACCGCUGCGAGGUUUGCGACAAGGGCUUUGUGCAACGCGGAGACGUCAAGGCACACAUGAAGACACAUCUCGGUACAAAGGCCUUCCUCUGCAGACUCGACAACUGCCACAAGCAGUUUACUCAGCGGGGAAAUCUCAAGUAUCACCAAAACAAGUACCACAAUGAGACCAUCAAGGCUCUCGCCGCAAGAUUUGAUGCCAUCGAGGACUGGUCGACUGUAUUGAAGGAAGAUAUGGAGAUCUUCAAGGACUUUGCCGAGGUCCACAAGAACAGCAACAAGGGCAUCAAGGGUCGGGGAAAGCAUCGCAAGGUGAAAUCGGUGCCUCUGAGCUCACCCACCAGCCCGACCGGCCACUCGCCGCUUCCCAACAUCAUGGCUUCCCAGUACCCUCUUCCUUCGGCUCCUGGAGUCUCGCAACUUCUUCACACUCCUCAUCCGCUCCAUCCUCCGCUCCAUCACCAGGGUCCUAGUCACUCGGCUAUGUACGGCAUGCCCCGAUCGAGCCUCCAUAGCCAUUAUGAAACCUACGAUCACCAUGAAGUCGACACUGUGGCCAGCAGCCGCGGCUCAGUAGCCGAACCAAUUUACCAUCACGAGGAACAUCCCCGGGAGCUUGCCUUCGGCGACCGGAUGUACUAAAAUGCCAGCCAUCAAGAUGGUGAUGCGACUAUUGUCGAGUUUUAAUGUGUACGAAAGGACGAGUGUACUUCGCUUUUCUGUUUACAUCGUUCUCCUUAUCUGUAAAUGACCUCCUCUUCCCUUUUCUCGUUUUCGUUUCCAUAGCGCCCGGCCAUCUCCUUUGUUUGAUAUCACUGUCUUUGGAGUUCUUGUGUAUUUUUCUUGGGUGGUCCGGAUUUCAUCAAAAAAAUUACUGGGUCCAGGGGGGUUGGGGUGGCAAGCGGCAUCUGGUUGGUAUUUUGCAUCCGUGAUUUGUUGCAUUAGGGAUACUAGUCCCUCGAGGAGUUCCGGAGCGAUGGGGGCAGCGCGGCGCUGUGGGAGCAUGAAACGAACAAAAGGAACGAUAUGUUUACACAAGCAUGGAUGUAUUAUGCGCCGGGCUGAGCGGUCAUCGGGUGGUAGGAUGACUGAUCGGCCGGUUUGACUGGUUGCAAAAAAAGGAAAGAUACCAAUGGGUGAAUUUUGAUUACGCAAAAGGGAGACAAAAAAGACCACUUCUGUGAGGAUUGGAAACCACCUGUUGGUUACGUAUAUAUACCAAGAGGAUCGCAGGCACUUUGGGGGGUUUUAGCCCGUCUUCUUUCUGUUAGCUAAUGGCUUGCUAUGGACUUAGUCCGCAAUGGAUAAGAAUUCUUGAAAACAAUUCUUCUACCUGGUGCUUCUAUCGAGA